AUGAUUGGAUUGGAAAAUCUGUUCGCCCAACGUAGUCAAGUUGUGGCUAAAGUGAAGAACAUCCAAGAACGAAUAAGUGAAGAAGAUGGUGCCAUUCGCCCGACUUUGGCCCGAUUGAAAACCUAUCAAAGUGAACUCCAGUGCCAUUAUCGAGAGUACCAGAGAGUGUACGGUGAACUUUUGUCUGCACUCCCAGCCGAAAGAUUCGAAGAGCUAGAUGAGGAUUACUGGCUCUUCGAAGACAUCCACGAUAAAGCCUGCGUUCUGGUGGAAACUCUAUUAAUUUCCUGCCCGACCACCAGUGACAAAGGUUUCAACAAGCGAAGGUCGUCAUCCAGCUACUCCGUGACGACCACUACAUGCUGGCUCAGCCAUCCUAACCGAAGAAGCCAGUUGCCGAGCCAAACGACGGAACAACCGGUUCCGAUUCCUGCCGUGGUGGAGAGGCCACGCUCGUUAUUGCCGAAAGAGAAUGAGACUGCGAAGCCGCGCUGCGUCGAAGAUACCUCCAAGCAGAAGACGCCUUUGCGUGGACCGGCCGAGGUCCCAUCCGAGAGUGAUUUCGUCGAGGUCACUAUUCCUGAGUCGGCAGCCCCGCCGGCCGAAGAUGCAGUCAAGCGUGAAGAAAAGGUGACAACCGUUGCCUUCGAGAAUCCAUCGACGAGCCAGGAGGAUUUCCUUAUCGGCAACGAGCCAGCCAAGUUUGUCGACAUUCCAUCCGAAGAUCCCAAGACACUGACGUCAAGCAAAGCGCCCUCUGGAACCAACCCGGUGGCGAACCCGUUCCCAACUCCAUUCGACCCGACUGGAGUUCAUCCGAAGCUGACGAUUCCGAUUCCUACCGGAUUCCAUCCGGUGCUGAAGCCGUUCCGAUCGCCACCAGGAUUCCAUUCCAAGCCCAUGCGGAUCCCGAAGCCAGUCGGAAUGCCUCCGGUAUCCCAGUAUCCGACCGGAUCCCUUCCGGUACCACAGCCGCCCCAGUGCAAGGCCGGUUCCCUUCCGGCAUACCAGCAGCAACAGAGUCCGACCGGUCUCCUUCCGGUAUCCCGACAGUUGCUGUCCGUGACCGAAUCCAGUUCGAAAGCCCCAUCGCUCCAGUGUAAGGCCGGUUCCCUUCCGGCAUUCCAACCGAAACAGUAUCCGACCGGUGUCCUUCCGGUAUCCCAGCCGUUCCAGACUACGACCGGUUCCUAUCCGGUACUCCAACAGUUCCAGCGCGUGACCGGAUCCCAUUCGGCAACCAAUCCGAUCCUAAGGUCUACCGGAGCCAGUCCGGUGGUCGAUUCCGCCCUGAUGCCCGUCGAUACCCGUUCGGCGGCCAAGACGACCAAGAAUUCUAUCGGUACUCGUCCGGUGAAUAACUCCGCCAUGGUGUUCGUCGGUUCCAGUCCGACGGUUGAACCAAACAAGAAGUCCAUCGGUGCCCGUCCGAUGGUCAGGUCCAACGAGAUGGCUGCCGGUUCCUGUCCGGUGGUCAACCUAACCAAGAUGCCCAUCGGUGCCCGUCCGAUGGUCAAGUCCAACGAGAUACCUGCCGGUUCCCGUCCGGGGGUCAAAGUCAACCUGAUGCCCAUCGGUUCCUGUCCGGUGGCCAAGUCUUCCCAGUUACCUGCCGGUUCCUGUCCGGUGGACAAGCCACUCCUGAUGUCCGCUGGUGCCAGUCCAGUGGGCAAGCCUAUCCUGCCUCCAUCGCCUAUCGGUACCAGUCCGGUAGUCAUUCCAACCGUCGAUACCCGUUCGGCGGUCAAGAAGUCCAAGAUGUCUGCCGGUUCUCUUCCGGUGGUCAAGUCGCACGAGAUACCGGCUGGUUCCCGACCAGUGGUUAAAGCCAACCUGAUGCCUAUCGGUUCCCGUCCGGUGGUCAAGUCCUCCCAGAUGUCUUCCGGUUCCCGUCCGGUAGACAAGCCACUCCUGAUGUCCACUGGUGCCAGUCCAGUGGGCAAGCCUAGCCUGCGUUCAUCGUCUAUCGGUGCCAGUCCGGUAGUCAAUCCAACCGUCGAUACCCGUUCGACGGCCAAGAAGUCAUUCGAGAUGUCUGCCGGUUCCUGUCCGGUGGACAAACCGAUCCUGCGCCCACCGUCUAUCGAUACCAGUCCGGUAGGCGAGGCAACCGUCGAUACCCGUUCGGCGGCCAAGACGCCCACGAUGUUUGCCGGUCCUCCUCCGGUAGUCACGCCGAUUCCGAUGCCCAUUGGAACCAGUCCGGUGGGCAAGUCCGCUCCGAUGUCCGUCGGUUCCCGUCCGACGCUCAAACCGAAUCCGAUGUCCGCUGGAAGCAGUCCAGUAGAUAAUUCCGCUCUCAAGCCCGCCGGUUCGUGUCCGGCAACUAGACCGAAUUUGAAGUCCGUCGGUGCCCGUCCGAUGGUCGAGCCCUACCAGAUGUCCACCGGUUCCUGUCCGGUGUUCAAGCCACUUCCGAAACACACUGGUACCAGUCCAGUGCGAAAGCGAGUUCUGACGUCCGCCGGUGCCCGUCCGGUGACGAAGUCCAUCAUUAUAGCCAUCGGUACCUGUUCGAUGGUCAAUCUGUCCUGGAAGUCCAUCGGUACCUGCCCGAUGGCCAAAACGUUCCUGAAGCUCGUCGGCACCAGUCCGAUGAUCAAGCCCAAGCUGUUUCCGAAGUCCACUGGAACAAGUCUAGUGGUGAAGCCGACCGUGUUGUUCGCCGGAACUGGUACUGCAGCCAUGCCCUUCGUAAUGCCAGCCGGUCUCCGUCCGGUAGCCAAGCCGUCUUCGAUGUUUGCUGGAAGCCGUUCAGUGAAUAUGCCCUUCCCGAUGCCCGCCGGUACCUGUCCGGUGACCGAGUCAAGCCUGAUGUCAACCGGCACUCCUACAGUGAACCCGCCGGUGCUCCUUCCUGUGAUGUCAGCCGGCAUCCAACGAAUUGCGAAGCCUAUUCCGAAGAUCGAGAUGUAUCCAACCAAGAAGCUACCUCCAACGACAGCUGGAACCCUUCCGGCAUUCAAGCGAAUCCAGAGCAAGGAAGGAGGUGACGGUUGUUAA